GCAGUGAACUUUUCUUGUGCACGUUUAUGGAGGUGCUACACAAGGAUGGCAGAUCCUUCUCGUAGAAGGAGCCGUGAUUUGAAAUAGCAGCAUGGCUCGAAAUAGAGUGAGAACUCAGAGUGCGAAGUGACACAGCCCUUAAAACAUACCUCGCUCUUGGUUGCCUGUGAAGUGCGGCUGCAGCACGUCGUCUGGUGCACCUAAAUUGGAAAGUUCAACUCGAUCUCGAGCAGACGACGCUACCUCCUCGCCACCACCCUCGCAGCAGACAAAAGACAGGUGACCCAGCUGCAGGCGAAUUUAUUGCUCACGACAAGAGAACGUGGAGAUAUGAUCAAGGCGCAAACAUGUCCGUGAGCGACCCGCUGCUGAAGCAGCUCAAAGACCAUAUAUUCGAGCUUCGUCGCCAUUGCCUUGUGGUGGCCAUCGAUGACUCCAAUGGCCUCCUGCUCCCUUUCUGCACAACACUGGAACUCAUCUUCCGGAAGGGACUCCAAGUGCAAAAGAAUACUCCGCUUGGCAGCUUGCGCCGAGACUACUGGAAUGCAUUUUUCUCCAUGCUGCACUUGAAGAAACAGGACAAGUUACCAUUGCGGCUGGCUACAUCCAUUCAGACUGUGAAAGACUUCAAGAAAGUGCAAACAACGCAAGGAAAAGGUCGACUCCUACUGCGAGUCUUGCUCAAGCGACGUCUGCUCAAGACAGCUGUCACAUGUCUCCUGCAAUCGCCAAGCCUCGUCGCCGCCAUGUACAACCCAUCUGACUCAAUACUCGGGAACGAGAUACUCGCCGAAAUCCUCCUGUCUCUUUUGCACGAGGUCGACAAAAUACCCUUCAGCUUAACUCUACGGAAUGCUACCUUCUUGGACGAGACUUGGCAUUUAGGGCUGUACCAGAGCUUCGAGUUCGUCCCUUGCGAUACCCUCGGCAUUAGCAUCGGGUUUGCCGCUGGAGUUCCCGUGGUCACACACGUGGAUGAAGGAAGCGUUGCAGGCGAAGACGACAAAAUGCAAGUCGGAGACGUGCUGGACGACUUGUACGGCGAGGCACUGAAAGGCCGAAAGCGGGGCACAAUCUCGACGCUUCUGGACCACUUCAAGGGCAUGCCAGUGUACCUCUCCGUCAUCAAGAGCUACCAAUCCGAUGGUACCCCGUAUCCUCCCGUAGCACAUCUUCUCAAGAGGCUUCGCAUAUCGCCACCCCACGAGAAGAAGCCAGUCGGCGCAAUUUCAGAGAGGAACUCGCCGGACUUGUUCCCCGAGUCACCAGGAGCCUCUGGUUUGCCAGUGAAUACACCACAUGAGAGUGCAGCCUAUGCAGCCGUCUACAUUGGGAAAACAUACGUCGGAAGUGCUGGCCACGUCUUGGAGAUCGAAAGGGCCAUCCGAGAUGUUGCCUUCAAGGACACGGACACACAUGUGAAAUACAGAACGCCAGUGUGGGUCGACGUAAGUGACUGCUACUUCAAAGUCUUCAGUCGAAUGACCAAAGAGAUAAUCUUGGAGAAACACUUUACCGAGAUCGCUUCAUGCGGUAAAUCAAGCAGCUUUCCAUCCAUAUUUGCCGUUGUCGCUGGGGAGACUACGUGCACGGUUUCCAAACACUUCUACAGUUACGUGUUCCAAGUGAAACAGCCUAGCAUUUGCCAAACGAUCCUAUGCAUAAUAGCUCAAGGAUUUACGAGAACAAGCUGGUCUGUCUGAGCUGCGAAACAGCCGUUUUACGUGAAUGAUGCUGGAGACGGAGCGCGAGCGUGGCGGAGCCAAUUUAAAAGGGCUUAUAAGGACUUUUUAUUCGCGCAUUCUUUGGGUUCUUCUGGUAUCUCUCCCUUCAUUCCCCCGAGUGUAAUAUUUGGCCACUGAUGCGUAUGCUUUUCUUUUUGGGCAAAUCCCCGCAAAUUGGAGACAUAGGCGCCUAAAAUACGCCACUCGUGCCGCGUGUAGUGGAGCCGCUUUUAGCCUUCCAUAGUUGCGGAUUUUGGAAUCAGGGACGGAAGAAGAGGUUCUGCCUGUCCAGCCAUUGCGCCAAGCCUAAACUACGUAAGGAGCUGACUAUUGCGUCAAUUCGAACGACAAAAUAUUCAUGCUACUUUCACGCUCUCCUAAAAAUGUAAAUACUGCUUGACCGAC